AUGCAGUCUCUCUCGAAGCUCCCUGUGUGUCUCCUAUCACCUUUAUAUGCUCGUAAUAUCUCAAAACGUGUACAGUCAUUACCUACUAAUGUAUUUGCAGAAUUUUCAGCACUAGCUGUUCAGUAUGGGGCAAUUAAUCUAGGACAAGGUUUUCCAUCCUUUACGACACCUGAUUUUGUAAAACAAGCAGCUAUUCGUGCAAUUCUUGCUAAUAAUAAUCAAUAUACAAGACCGGGGGGAUAUAUUAAAUAUGUUGAAACACUUGGUGAAAUGUAUUCUCAUCGAUUAAAGCGAGAACUAGAUCCAUUGAAAGAAAUUGUCACGUUUAAUGGAGCACAAGAAGGAAUUGUAUCGAUUAUGACGGCAAUAUUAGAACCAGGAGAUCAAGUGAUUACGUUUGAGCCGUAUUUUGAUGCUUAUAUGACUGUAUCACAGCUUCAGCAUGUUACUUCAGAUGGUAUUCCAUUCUAUCAUCCUUCACUUGACUCACCUACUACUUCUACUACUUCUGCUACUUCUGCUACAAGUAUGAUGGAACGUGACAAUAUUAAUGUCAUGAAGCGCUGUUCAUCGAGUGAGUUUCAGUUGAAUCUCCAUCAAUUGGAAACAAUGUUAACGUCCAAGACAAAGUUAUUGAUACUUAAUACACCACAUAAUCCAACGGGUAAAGUCUUGUCCAAGGCAGAAUUAUUACAACUUGGACACGUACUGGAACGGUAUCCAAAUGUUCUUGUGCUAGCAGAUGAAGUGUAUGAAUUCAUGACAUAUGAUGGACUUGAACAUGAACGAAUGGCAUCACUUCCUGGAUUCUUUGAUCGUACUAUUUCACUUUUUAGUGCAGGGAAAACAUUUUCCUGCACUGGUUGGCGUGCUGGAUAUGCAGUAGGACCGGCACAUUUGGUUGAGGGGAUUAUUAAGGCACAUAGCACGAUUCCAUUCUGUGGCACAACACCGUUUGAGGUGGCAUUGGCUUCCGUUUUUCGUGAAGCAGAGCAUAAUGGAUACUAUGAUGAACUAAGAGAGAUGCUCGAAACCAAGCGCAAUCGCCUAUGUGACGCGCUCGAAGCUUACAAUUGGUGCCCCAUUGUGCCGGAUGGUGGCUACUUUGUGUGCUGUAACGUAGAGGGUCUGCCGUCCUACGAUGAGUUCCGCGGCAUAGAAGUUACGCUGGACACCCCAAGAACAAAGUUCCCCGAUUACCAGUUCGCGUACAAGCUGGUCAAGGCUGGUCACCUUGCAGUGAUCCCAACGUCACCUUUCUUCAGUCGUCCGGAGAAUCGUCUUGCUCCGGGUGUUGUACGUCUUGCCUUCUGCAAAGAUGACAAGACGCUGGAUGAUUCUAUUCGUGUCAUUGAGUCCCUAGAAAAAUAG